AUGCUCACUUUCAUCUACCUCGCCUAUUCCAUGAUGACUUUGCUGUACGAAACAGUGCCCAAUUUUGAAGACACAUGGAUCGAAUGUCUCGGAGAUCUCGGUCGAUACCGUAUGGCUAUCGAAGAUGAGGACAUACGUGACCGAGAGAUCUGGACAGAUGUGUCGCGGUACUGGUAUUCGAAGGCAAGCGACAAGGCGCCCACCACAGGAAGACUGCAUCAUCACCUGGCAAUUCUUGCACGGCCGGAUGCGGUCAAGCAGCUGUUCUAUUACACCAAGAGUCUGUGUGUUGCGAUACCAUUCAAAUCCGCCAGAGACAGCAUUCUCACCCUGUUCAACCCGAUCAUCAACGGAACCCAGACUCGGCUUCAAGCCAUCGACCUCAGCUUCGUGAAGGCCCAUGGUAUCCUUUUCAUUACAAGCAACACAGGCGAGAAAGACAAAGCUUUCCCAAAUAACCGUGACGAACUCAUGGUCGAAUACGAAAGGGCAAAGAAUGAGUUUCUCUCACAUCUGGAUAACCACAUUGCGCGAACUACCAGGAGCUGGAUGGAGCCUGGCGCGUUGAUUGCUAUCUCAAAUUGCAAUUCUCUACUGGAGUACGGCAAAACUGAGGCAAACACCAAUGGCGAUCCCAGUGUUUUGAUGACUGCCAUUCUACCAAAGUCAGACAGCGACACCUUCAUGGGAGAUUCAACCGAUGACAAGCUAGUACCAUCCAAAGUCUUCAGGGAGGCCUCUGAUCUUGCCAAGCAGUGUGACGCAAUCAUCUCUCGCCGCUACGGUGACCCGAACGUUCUGCCUUAUCUCAAUGUCCGCUUGUCUUUCAUGAGGUUCAUAUGUGGCAACGAAACCGCUAUAAGGCAUCUGAAAGACCGUUUUCCUUGGAAAUUGGUGGCUCUGAUGCUUAACUCUUUGUCAAUACAGUGCCAGAAUCAUGAGCGAGUUGAGUCUGAAGCAUUCCCUCGGUCAGACGACCGACCUUUGCCUGAAGAUUGGCACCUCCGAGGGCUCCUCUGGGCUGACAAACUGUUCCCGCCUGACUGGUUCAACAAUGACAAGAUCGACGACGACGAGAGAACAUUCGAGCUGCCUUCCACGACCGAGAACAGGAAAGAGCGUGUCCUCUGGCUGGGCUAUCAACUCGCCGUUCCUGGCAAGUGGCUCAGGUAUGACAAACAAAGCAAGCAGUUCACUGUCACACCCGAGUUCCAGAAGAGUAUCCAGAGCGUGAGGGUGCUAGUCUGA